AUGGUGAAUGCAUCGACUGCUGACUCGGCCAAUUCGCCUGAAAAACAACAGUUGAAGCAACAGGAGCCUGUUAAGCAAACUACCAACGGUGAAAACGCUCCGAAGUCUACCAAUGACAGCAACAACAAUGACAAGCAACCGGAAGCAUCGGAAAAACAGACCGUAGCAGCACCAGCUCCUGCUGUCAAUGUUUGGCAGGUUCGCAAGCAGAAUGGCACCACUACUGAAACCAAACCAGCCGCUACUGCUGUGGAGACCACUGAUGUUUCCUCUCUUCCCGCUACUUCAUGGCCUGCACCUCAAGAAGCAUUGGAUAAGGCAAAGGAAGUUGAAGAAGAACAACCCAAGUUUGUUGCUCCCAAGAGCAAGGGACGAGGCAAACCUAUCACCCCCAACAUCACGCAUUCCACUCCUGCUCCCAAUGGUCGCUCUCGUUCGGGUCGUGGUGGUGCUCGUUCUGGAAGAAAGCCACGCCGUAGCAGCCAACCUCCUCGUCAAAAGUCGAAUGCCAACACUUCUACUGCUCCAACUACUUCUUCAUCCAGCACUACUUCCACCAGCAAUGAUGCUUCUUCGACUACUGCAGCAGCAACUACCAACAACGCCACUACUCAAGAAAAGUCAAAGGAUGCUUCUGCUACUACUACCACUACCACCACCACUGAUGCCAAGUCACCAUCUUCAUCAACCGCAGCAUCCACCAAACCUGCUGACAGCUCCAAGUCGGAUGCGUCAUCCGCCGCAGCAGCUAACGGUACCACACAAGAGAGAUCGGCUACUCAUCAUGGUCGUGGUGGUUUCCGUGGCCGUGGCCGUGGUAGAGGACGUGGUGGUUUCAAUAGCCAUCGUCGUUUCGAUCAUGCCAAUGGCCGUUCCAAGCCUUAUUACAUCAAUGUCGAUGCUGAAACCCUCAAGUUUUAUAUUCUUCAACAAAUUGAAUACUACUUUAGCAUUGACAAUCUCUGCAAGGACAUGUUUUUGCGUAGCCAGAUGGACCCUGAAGGUUACGUGCGCAUCCAACUUAUUGCCGACUUUAAUCGUGUGAAGGCCUUGGCCAAUGAUAUCAGCCUUGUGCGUGAAGCAAUGGAAGAAAGCAAGAUUCUUCAAGUCAAGGGUGACAAGGUUCGCAAGAGUGAAGGAUGGCAAACAUGGGUUCUUCCUGGUGCACAAAAGUCUGCUGCUGAUGUCGUCAAGGAAACGCCUGCUACAUCUUCUUCAUCAUCAGCUCAUCCUACCUUGGCUUCACUUGCUCGUCCCACACCCUCUGGUAACCCUGCCAUCAAGGUGCAACAACAACAACCUGCCAAUGGUGAACAACGCCGGAAAUCGGUUCAACAUCAGGAUGAGGAUGAACUUUUCGAGUUUGAUGACGAUUGGGUUGGUGAUAGUCGCCCCAACACUGUUCAAAAGUACUACUUGUCGGAUGAUGAUUCUGAAUUUGAGGAUGACGACCUUGAAAUCGAUGAAGAUACCGUUGCUCGCAUCAUGAUCGUUACUCAGCGCAAGCGUGAUCGCACCCACACCUCGUACGAUCGUGCCAAGAUGAACGAUGAUAUCACCGAUAUGAUCAACGAAGGUCUUUACCAAUACGAGAGUGGCCUUGGCUUCAACAAUAGACCCAAUGAAAAGGUUGGCACCAUUGACCCUGAGCAAUUUGCCCAGCUCAGCUCAAGUGCUAAGCAACGUGAAGCUGCCGCUGCUCCUAAAACCGCUGUCGAUCCUACACCUAUCAAAUCCAACAAGAAUAGCGCUCGAUUCUAUCCUGUUCGACCCGAAUCUCUUCCCAGCAGUGCAUUCUAUGGCUCAACUCCUCGCUCAAGGAAAGAUCACGAUCACGGCCAUGUCGGUUGGUUGUUGAGCGACCAAGCCUAUCACUACAACCCCAACGAUAUUCUUUCCACCAGCUAUGGCAAAUCACCUGCCAUGCAUGAAUUGUCUACUUCUAUGGAAAUGGCCCAUUCGUUCCCUCACUUUGAGCAUCCCAGCCAUGAGUUAUUACGUGAGAAUGGCUUCGUCCAACACAAAUACUACAAGUAUCAUGCCAAGGCUCUCAAGGAACGUAAGCGUUUGGGCGUUGGUCAAUCCCAAGAAAUGAACACUCUCUUCCGCUUCUGGUCCCACUUCCUUCGUGAUCACUACAACAAGCGCAUGUACAAUGAAUUCAAAAAGUUGGCUGUUGAAGAUGCAAACCAAAACUACCGUUAUGGUCUCGAAUGCCUGUUCCGAUUCUACUCUUAUGGUCUUGAAAAGCGUUAUCGCAAGGAGGUCUUUGCUGAUUUCCAAGAGUUGACUUUGUCGGAUUAUGAGAAUGGUCAUUUGUACGGUCUUGAAAAGUUCUGGGCAUACUUGUACUAUCGCAAAGACAAGAAGAGAGAGCUUAAGAUUGGUGAUCGUUUGAGCAGCCUGUUGUCCCAAUACAAGUCUGUGGAGGACUUUAGAAAUGCCAAGGCACCCGAAAAGGAAUCCGAGGAAUCGUACAAAGUGCCCCAUCAUGGUAAACAACGGGGUAGUGUGAGUAGCCCUGCAACUGGAGCUCCUUGA